UGAACACAAUCAGUCGAAUUCAACUUUCACUUCUGUUGCUUCUUAGCGGGUUACUUGGCGUACUACUUUUUGUUUUUGCCAAGUUACUGGUUAGCCGCAUAAACAGUUAUGCAGUCGACGCCGUGUCAUCAUAUUCAACAAUAAUAACAAUAAAUUUAUGUACACGCACGCAAUUCAGCACCCAUACUAGAAUAACAUGGCCACUAUUCGGAGUCGCCACCAUUCAACACCAAUAACAAAACCGGAAACGGAACAACUGUUUGAAAGCAAAGACAACAACAAUGGAAAGCCUAUUACACCAAAGGAGAAAACUGAUCCCAUGAUAUAUAUAAUAUUCCUGUCACUCCUCUUUGAUUUGCUUGCGUUUACAAUCAUCUUGCCAUUGUUGCCUUCGCUCUUGGAGUAUUAUCGCAUAAAUGAUAGUUCCGGCUUGUAUGCCUGGUUGACGACGCGCGUGCGUUGGUUCCAGCAACUCCUGGGUGCUCCGGAACGUUAUUUAUCAGUGCUGUUUGGCGGAUUCUUGGGCUCAAUGUUCAGCUUUCUACAAUUCCUGGCAAGUCCCAUUGUCGGCAGCCUCUCGGACUACUAUGGACGGAAGCCCCUUCUGCUCAUUUGUGCCUCGGGUAUCGCUCUCUCCUAUUUUAUCUGGGCCUGCUCCCGCAAUUUCGCCUUAUUUGUGCUGGCGCGCGUUGUUGGCGGUAUCAGCAAAGGCAACAUCUCCCUCUCUAUGAGCGUCAUUACAGAUGUCUCCAGCGUACGGACGCGUGGUAAAGGGAUGGCUCUCGUCGGAGUUGCCUUUUCCCUUGGGUUUAUUGUGGGUCCCAUGAUUGGUGCUCUGUUUGCAAUAUUCUCGAAUAAAAGCGCCAGCGGCGGUGCUUGGUUUGUUUUGCCCUCCCUCUUGGCUCUGGGCUUGGCUUUGGGAGAUGUGCUACUUCUUGCUUUCUGUUUGCGGGAAACACUACCUAAGGAGAAACGUGCUCCCGAAAUCUCAUCUGCUUUGUCAUAUGGCCUGCAAUUGCUCAACAUCUCCUCCAUAUUUAAGUGAGUACUGUGAUUAUUAUUA